CACCCAACACCUACCAACAAGCAGCUAAACUCUCCUCAAGUCGUCCUGCUUGGGCAGCAGCAAGUAGAUGCUUUUGAGUUCAAACGCCACCCACGGGCAGGGACAGUGAAUACUUCGGUCCCAGGCUGCCAGGACGAUGUAGACUGGAAAGUGAGUCAGGAAGCUUUGGACUACUCUUAUUCUCACAAAGGAAAUGAACAAUCAAACUUGCAAAAGCGGAAGGAAGAAGAGAUAAAGCAACUGCAUAAUGAAGAGAAUGAAAAAAGAAAUAAAACUGAUGGGGAAGAGAGUGAUAACAGAGAUUUUAGCACUGAGAGAAAUUCACUGGGAGAUAUUCAACCUUUUGCUACUAGUAGCAGAAAUACAAAUUCAUCAUGUUCACACUAUAAUGUCAAUUUGACCCAAGCUAUUAGCCAUGAUGUCAGUUUUCGUGAAGCUAUGUUUCAGAGAUCAAACCACACCACAAGGAUAAAUCCAGAAAUGAGAAGCAUACAAAGACAAGAGCCUUUUCUACAAUUAAAUUCUAGCAUCACAAAUCAUUAAUCACUGCUUAAUGGGACGAGUUUGAUGGGGCUGUUUCCAUCUGUUGUUGACAUCAGGAACCUAACAAACCAGGAUCAUCUAACAAAUCUUGAGGAAAAUAUAUUUGAUGAGAUGAAUGCAAUGUCAUUAGCUUUGGAGGAAGGUUUUGAUCAUAUGGAAAUCUCCUAACUCUUUGGAGAACUAGACUCUGAGUCUGGACUUUCUAUAAAUUCUAACCACAGCACCGCCUUUUCAAAUAAUUCUGAUUCAUCAGCUUCUUCAGGCUACAGUGAAGGUGCUGUUGGUUAUAGCAGUGAUGCUAGAUCUAUUUCCCAUGAUGUCUUAGGAGCUGUAGGGGGUCAUUUCCCAAAGCCAAGUAAAUAUUCCCCUAUGGAUUAUCAAAGAGAUUUAGACUAUUUAGGGAAAUCAACACUCCAACAGCUUCUUCAUAAUCACACUUACAAUCAUCUGCCAAAUCAAUUAACAACCACUUCUGAGCAUUGUUCCUUGUUGCCUGGAAAACCAGAUGAAGAAAAAAGCAGAUGCCACAACAGUUCAGAUGCAAAUCUUAGUCGAAAUCUUAGUUGUGACGAGCGCCAUGCAAAAGCCCUGAGAAUUCCAUUUUCCAUAGAUGAAAUUGUGAGCAUGCCUGUUGAUUUGUUUAAUAGCACGCUAUCAAUGUACUAUCUGACAGAUUCCCAAAUAUCACUUAUACGUGACAUAAGGAGAAGAGGAAAAAACAAAGUUGCUGCACAGAACUGCCGCAAACGUAAGCUAGAUGUGAUCCUGAACUUGGAAGAUGUUUGCAACCUUCAAACACAAAAGGCGAACCUUAAGAAGGAGAGAACUCAAUGCAAUAAAUCAAUUAGCCUUAUGAAGCAAAAACUAUGUGACCUUUAUCAUGACAUUUUCAGUAGGUUAAGAGAUGACCAAGGUAGACCUGUUAACCGGAGCCAGUAUGCUAUUCAUUGCAGUAGUGAUGGCAGUGUUUUCAUAGUACCCAGGAGACUAGUCAAAUCUGAACAUAAACAAGAUGAGCAAAACAACAGAAACAAAAAAAAAGUGAUGUUAAUUUAAGCAAAUUGUUCAGGACAUCAUUUUAAAGAGGGGUAGUGAAAACAUAGGCAUUAAUAGUGGGGACCAGAAAUGCUUAUAGUAAUAUAAAAACAGCAACCUGGAUAAAACUAAUCUUCCUAGACUUGAGAAGGUGGCCCUUGUGUUUAACAAUUAAGGAAGAUUUUAUAUAUAUAUCUUCCUUAAGAAGCUACAACAAUUCAAACCUUCCAAUUUAGACUGAGCAGUUGAACUUCACGUACAGCCAGAGUUACUUGAGGAUUCACUUGAGGAGUCACUCUAAAUGCCUGACUCUUGAAAUGUAAAGCAACCUUAAGAUUUUGAUUUAGUCUAUUAGCACUGGAACAAAAAUCUUAGCCUUGCAAAUGUUCGUCUUUUAGUUUGAAUUCGUUAAGGUUUUGUUUUUAAUUUAUGCAAGUUUUUUUUUCCUUUUUGUGGAAGUAAAUUAUGCUUGUUGUGUAUUUCUUCAAAAAUUCUCUCUUCCCUAGUUUUCUGAAGGGGCUCUGGAGGCUUAUAUACAAAUUUAUAUACACAUACAUUUAUAAUGAUAGUUUCAAACGCAUUUAAUACUUAACGUUGCCAUUUUUUCUCCAAGUACACCCAGACAUACAGUUUGCACUAAAUUCAGUACUGUUACACCAGCCUUCUGUUUAAAGCUGAAGGAAUGCAAUGGUGAAUCAGUUAUUUUCUGCGAUUUGUGUUCCAGCCUUGUGUUGUACUUCUAGUGUGGCAUUUCUCAGUCUCAAUAAGUUGACCCUUCUCCAUUUUCUCCAAGGGAAAAUUACAUAAGAAAAGUAAGUUUUUAGAUUGUGCAUUUUAUUUUUAUUGAUCUUUUUGUAAGCACCUUUACCUUUUUUAAUCAGAUUCUUUUUUGAAGUGGAUUUGCUAAUAAGAAUCCUUUUUCAAUUUUCUUUUUCAAAGUUACAUUUUUCAAGUCUUCCAGUUUAAACAAACUACUAAAUUAUUUGUCUUACACUUAUAGCAGCAAGAUCACAAUGCAUUUGGUGGUAGUAUUGUAUAUGAUUACAUGGCUUAGAUAUUCUAGCUUUAGCCUUUGAUGUGGAUUUAUUUGUGCUAUAAGAAUAAGUGCCAAAAGUAUUUACCUCUUUAUUUGCAAUGGAUCACAUGUUCAAAUUCUGACCUGAAAGAUCUGCAGAAUGAUGGCUUCUAAGAAAAGCAGGUAUGCAAUAUUAAGAUAGGGAAUUAAACCAAAAAACUGUGGUAAUGUACAAUACCACCAUUAGCUCUACCAGAUAACAGCAUAAAGACACUUGGUAUCUUUUAUAAUACAAAAUACUACAAAAAUAUAGUAUUAAAUUUUAUCAUACUAAAAAAAAAAAGGUAUCUGUUGCAUCAGGAUUGUCACACAAGAGCUUUGUGUCCAGACACACAAAAAAGUACUGUGGUAAGCCCAUGUUAAAUUUCCUUUAUUGCAUCAAUCAGCAGUGUUGAAUUUUCUGAACUUAUGUUUACAGUGAUUUAGAACAGCAGAUACAAUAUUAUCCAUUCAUAAUUUGUAAAAUCAUGUACUAUUUGCUUGAUAAUGCAAAAUUUAUUCUUAAUUGUUGUGAUCAAGAAAUUAGAUUCCUAUUUUUUUUUCAAAAUGCAUUUGUACAUUAAAAGAUUUCUUGAA